AUGGAGAAACCCCAAGAAUAUCAUCUCGCUGCAGUUAAGAGGGGGUUAAGAUACAUAAAGGGUAAGAUUGAUCAAAGUGUGAUGAUGCGAAGGCAGACGAAGACCAACACAAAAGUAGAAGUAUAUGGCUACACUAAUUCAUAUUUCAGUGGAGAUCAAGACGAAAAGAAGAGUACUACAGGAUACAUAUUCAUGAUUGAAGGCGCUUCAAUCUCAUGGAGCUCAAGGAAGCAAAACAUUGUGGCUUUGUCAUCAUGUGAAGUUGAGUAUGUGGCUGCAUCAUAUGCAUCAUGCCAAACAACAUGGAUAGAGAUAUUGCUCGAAGCGCUCAAGAUAAUGGAACCUAGGAAAAUGAAGUUGUUUGUCGACAACAAGUCAGUUAUUGACCUGGGGAACCAUCCAAUAUGUCAUGGUUGA